AUGCAUGGUUUCCUGAGAUUUUCCUUUUCUGUUUCGUUUCUCUCAUUUCUCAGGCGUUACAUCAGUUCUCAUCUGGCUCUUGGUGGAGUGAAAAAUGUGUCAUUGAAUUUAACCAUCUCUAAUGCUGGAGAUGACGCCUAUGACACCAACAUCUACUUGAACUUCUCCAGAGAGGUUCACUACAUCAACUUCCUACAAAGAGAAGAGAAGGGCAUCUCCUGUAUGCUGGUAGAGCUGGACUUCCUCAAGUGCAGCAUUGGAUUUCCUUUCAUGAGGGCACAAACCAAGUAUCAUCUAUCUGUGCUUUUUGACACGAGUCAUCUAUCUGGUGAAAAUGAGACACUGCUGUUUAUAGUACACACUAAAAGUGCCAAUCCAGAACAUAAUAGCACUCUUCAUGAUAACACACUGGAGUUGUCCAUACCACUGGUACAUGAGGUGGACACAGCAAUCACUGGUGUGGUCAACCCUACGUCUUUUGUGUAUGGAAACUCAGUCGACCGAUCACGCUUCCUUCGGCUGGAAGACAUGGAGUGCAGCUUUCAGCCGCUCAACUUCACCUUUCAGGUGAUAAACAAUGGGCCCAGCAGACUUCCAGGCUCCACGAUGGACAUCAGGAUACCCAACCGCCUGGCUGGGAACGGACCAGAUAUGUUCCAUAUCAUUGACACACAAGUAUCAGACGGUCGAGGGAACUGCACGUGGCACAAGAACCCCAAACCCUGCACAAUCCCACAGGACAAGGAGAGCAUCUUCCACACCAUUUUUGCCUUCUUCACCAAAUCCGGAAGAAAAGUUCUGGACUGCGACCGGCCUGGCAGAGCGUGUCUAACUAUUUCCUGCAGUCUGGGCUCUCAGGCUAAAGAAGAGGCCACAAGUAUAGAUGUGCAAAUACUACUGAACACUGAAAUACUACAGAGGGACAGCUCCUCUGUGAUCCAGUUUGUGACACGAGGUCACGUCCAGCUGGACGACAGGGCCGUGGAGGUCUCCACCGGACUUCCAGAGGAGAUUUCUCUGGUGUUUGAGGCUCUUCACAGUCAGGAGCCCAGGGGUUACGUGGUGGGAUGGAUCAUUGCCAUCAGUCUGCUGGUUGGGAUCCUCAUCUUUCUGCUUCUCGCUGUGCUGCUCUGGAAGAUGGGAUUCUUCAGGAGGCAUUACAGAGAAAUCAUAGAAGCGGAAAAGAACAGGAAGGACAGCGAUGAAAGCUGGGAUUGGGUCCAGAAGAGCCAAUGAGAGCUUGGAUUGGGUUCCGAAAAUCCAAUGAGCUGCUACCUUCAUCACGGCUCUCUCCUUAAACCCUCCAGCCUUCCAUAUGUGGAAGAAAAGAAUAUUCUCCAGAUUUUUCGGAGGUUUGACACUUUUUUUCAUUGAUGGUGAUCUAGCUGACGUUUAAGGUGACCGUGUGGCCUGCCAGAAAACACUCGCAGUGGAAUACCAUUGAUCCCAAUGGGACAGGCCUCUUGAAGAGACUUCCUGAAAAGGAAUGUGGAUAUUGUGUCAAUACUAGCAGACAAUUACAACCCUCAGGGCGCUGUUGAAAAGCAGAAAAUCUAUUUUUUAUAAAAUGUAUUCCAUACUGUAUAGAAGAGAGUUGUUUUUAAAGCACUGAUGACUGACACAUGCCAAAGAGAGGAUGUUAUUCCUUCACAGUGUUUUCAGACCUUAAAGAUGGAUUGUAUCUCGUUGUCCCCUCGAGUUUUCAUUUACGGAGAACGCAUAGCAAACGUUUGUGGCAACUCUCGAGCUACAAACGAGAAUGAACCGUUAUCCCAAACAAACUGCAUCGUUGAAACUGCUCGAGUUGUGCUAAAAAACUGAAGGAGAAAAGCAUCUACAGUACGUUCUCAGCUCAAACACGUCUUGUUCAUGACAUGUGAAAUUCACAGCUUAGAGCAUUGCUUGUUCUGCACUGGAUAUUGACCCCACUGAAAGAUGCAUAUAUUCCAGAGGAGAAGUCUUUCACCAAAAUAUAUCAACUUUCUCUGACUUUGUCUUAUUUUCCAACCACUUUUCAUUAUCUAAUCAAUUCUUAAUCAAAUCCCACUCUAAAUUCUCCUCAUUGAAUCCCUUUUCACUUACAAUGUCGCAAUUGUUUGAUUUAAGAUGAAAACAAGUCAUGAAUUACAGUUCUACUGCAAGUAUAAAAAUAUUCUGUGUUAUUCUUCUACAGUCAAUCUAACACCAUGUAUGUGUCUCCUGUUUCUUAACAAAUCCCACAAGUUUUUGGACGUUCAGACUACACGUGUUUUAGGACCUGCAGUGUGUAAUGGCCUAAAAAUAGGUGGGAAUGUGCAGUACUUCAUCACUGGGCACAAACUCGUACUUUGGAGUUUGUUUGGACUUCGCUUUACAUGAGCUGUUCGCUGUCAGACUUCACAUCCAUUCUGCCUUUAACCGCUCAAACUAAGCCAAUGCAGAAAUGGCACAGGGCCCAAAUAAGUUUUAAUAUAGAGAUUUUAAAAUAUCUCAUCUGAAAGACAAAUAUGGAACUGAUGUUGUUUUAGGGUGUAGUGUUUUGUUGCAUUUUCCAUUUCCCUCUAAUUUUAGAGGGUUACAUUGAAAGUAAAUGUUUACCAAAUGAUCAAUAGCUUUGCAAUUAGAUGUCAAAUGAUCUCUGGAAAAUUUUCACACACACACACAAAAAAAAAAUAUAUAUAUAUAUAUAUAUAUAAACACGUCUGCAUUUCAUGUCCGGCCCAACACCAUGUUUUUGCAUCGGUGUGUUUCAGAGAGACACGUACUUGACAUCGUCAGUGUGUAACAUAACUGUGAGUGUUGUUGCCAUUAUCACCUAUUUUGAGCAUUUUAGAAUAAACUACUGUCACUGAAUUUCAGUUUUAUAGAUGUAUUGAGAAAUAUGUUUGUUGUACAAGCUCAAGCUGUAUAUUUAUCUACUGAAACUGCCAUUUUAAAAUUAAAAAUCACAAACAGA